CAUAGAGGUCAGUGGGGAACAGUGUGUGAUGGUGGCUGGGAUAUGGCUGAUGCUGCAGUGGUGUGUAGAGAGCUGGACUGUGGAGAACCUGUAGAUGCUCUGGGUGAUGCUCAUUUUGGACCAGGAUCAGGAUCAAUCUGGACAAAUCGCAUGUUAUGUACUGGAUUAGAAUCUACACUGAAGAACUGUGGAACAGUAAAUUGGGGUUUUUAUAACUGUGAUCAUAGAAAAGAUGCCGGAGUCAUCUGCUCAGGUGUCAGGCUUUUUGGAAACUCCAGCUGCUCUGGGAGAUUAGAGAUACUUGAUGAUCAGAUGUGGGUUUCAGUGUGUGCUGCUGCCUUUGACCAGCAGGAUGCAGAGGUUGUGUGUAGAGAGCUGGACUGUGGGGCUCCUGUACAGGUGCUGGGAGAAGAUGCUUUUGGCAAAGGAGACACUCAGAUGUGGACACAAGAGAUUCAGUGCAGAGGAAAUGAGUCUCAGAUUCAACUCUGUCCAACAUCCUUACACACAAACAGCUGUUCACAUGAUAAUUACCAGAGGCUGUUCUGUGCUGAUAAAAAGAAUGUGAGGCUGGUUGGUGGUAACAGUCGCUGUGCUGGUAGAGUGGAGGUUCUUCAUAGAGGGCAGUGGGGAACAGUGUGUCAUUAUGGCUGGGAUAUGGCUGAUGCUGCAGUGGUGUGUAGAGAGCUGGACUGUGGAGAACCUGUAGAUGCUCUGGGUGAUGCUUAUUUUGGACAAGGAUCAGGACCAAUCUGGAUGUAUAUUGUGUUAUGUGCUGGAUCAGAGUCAACAUUGAAGAACUGUGGGGCAGUGGGAUGGGGCAUACAUGCGUGUACUCACAAUUAUGAUGCCAGUGUCAUCUGUUCAGGUUAUAAACCUUCCAGACUCGUUAACGGAUCUCACCUCUGCUCUGGGAGGUUAGAGAUACUUGAUGAUCAGUCGUGGGUUUCAGUGUGUGCUGCUGCCUUUGACCAGCAGGAUGCAGAGGUUGUGUGUAGAGAGCUGGACUGUGGGGCUCCUGUACAGGUGCUGGGAGAAGAUGCUUUUGGCAAAGGAGACGCUCAGAUGUGGACACAAGAGAUUCAGUGCAGAGGAGAUGAGUCUCAGAUUUCAUUUUGCCUAAUAUCAUCAUCACACAAACACAGCUGCACCAGUGACAAUAAUGUGGGACUGAUCUGUUCAGGUUACACAGAGGCCAAACUGAGGAACAGUUCAGACUUUUGUUCUGGAAGAGUGGAGCUUCGGUUCCUCAAUGAAUGGGGCACAGUGUGUGAUGCAUGCUGGGAUAUGAGAGCUGCCAGUGUCCUCUGUAGACAGCUGAAUUGUGGGAUUGCUGUGUCUGUUGUGGGAUCAGACUGGUUUGGAGAGGGAAGUGGUGAAAUCUGGGCUGAUGUGCUUGAUUGUGACGGGAAUGAAACAAAACUCUCAGAAUGUUCCAUCUCUUCAUGGAGUCGAGCUGAAUGUUCUCAUAGACGAGAUGUUGGAGUCAUCUGCUCUGAUUCCUCUCUGGCUGUUCAUGACGGUCUGGUGCGGUUGUCUGGAGAGAGACAGUGUGAGGGAGAGGUGGAAGUUUCCAUCCAUCAGGUCUGGAGGAGAGUUCUGCUGGACUCCUGGAGUCUCACUGAAUCCUCUGUGGUCUGCAGACAGCUGGGCUGUGGCUCUGUGCUGAACUUCUCCGGCUCCUCUUCAUCCAGUCCUGAACACAGUCAUGAGUGUGUGACGGGCUUCCAGUGCUCUGGGAGUGAAGCUCAUCUGGGGAACUGCAGCUCUCCACAAACUCUCAACUGCAGCUCCACACAACAGCUGUCAAUCACCUGCCUUGAUUGCGGGUCCAUCAGGCUGGUGGGUUCUGGGGGAGACUGUGCAGGGAGGCUGGAGGUUUUUCACAGCGGCUCAUGGGGGACAGUGUGUGAUGACUCCUGGGAUAUUAAAGAUGCCCAUGUAGUGUGCAGACAGCUGCAGUGUGGAGUGGCCCUCAGUAACCAGCAGGUACCAGCCUGGUUUGGUCCUGGUUCUGGACCCAUAUGGCUGGAUGAGGUGGAGUGUGAGGGGAAUGAGACGUCCCUGAGGAACUGCUCUUCUCCAGGCUGGGGAAAACAUGACUGUCAACACAAGGAGGAUGUAGGAGUUGUGUGCUCAGAGUUUAAAGAGAUCAGGUUAACUGAGGGCUGUGAAGGGAAUGUGGAGGUUUUCUACAAUGGAUCCUGGGGUAAUGUGUGCUGGAACCAGAUGGACAGAGACACAGUGAGUCUGAUCUGUCAAGAGCUGAACUGUGGAAGAUCUGGAGCUUUUUCCAAUUCUAUACCAAGAGUGGAAUCAGCUCGUAACUGGCUGGAUGAAGUGAAAUGUCGACCACAUGAUUCAAAUGUGUGGCAGUGUCCAUCUUUACCCUGGGGACAAAAUGGCUGUGGUAAAGAUGAAGUGGCAAAAAUCACCUGUUUGGUCGCUGUGCUGGUAGAGUGGAGGUUCUUCAUAGAGGUCAGUGGGGAACAGUGUGUGGAGAGGACUGGGAUAUGGCUGAUGCUGCAGUGGUGUGUAGAGAGCUGGACUGUGGAGAACCUGUAG